ACAGUAUGUGUGCUGAAACAGCUGUUGAUAAAUUUUAAUUUACCUGGGCAAACAUACAAAUCGUUUAAGCAAAUGCAAUUUUUGCAUUGAAAUUAAACAAAAUGCAGGAGUUUUCGGCAAAACGCGAUGCAUUGUUUGCUUGCCUCGACGAUGCAAGUAAAGAAUUGAGGGGAACGGCCCUGGAUCAGAGCAAGGCCAAGUCGUUAACCAUCAACGCUCUCGACCGGGGAAACAAAUCCGGAAACUCAUCCGGAUCCGGACAGGUGAUGAACUACCGCGACGGCCGUAGCAUUGAUGUUAACCUCGAUCCGGAGGAUGGUCGAUUACGGCGGAUGCGAGGCAAGGAGAGCAUCUUCAAGAAGCCGGAACUGCCGAUUGGUCGAUGCUUAAAGCCCAGAAAAACUCCAGAUUACCAGGUGAACCCCCACAAAUGGAAGAAGUACUCCCUGUCGGAUGUGGACAUCUCCGAUCAGAGCAAUUCCGCUGCAGCCUUAUCUUUUCUCCGGCAAAUGGAUGCACAACGUGAAGCCGAAGGAGAUGAUCAUAAAUCGCACAGUUCAGAUGGCAAAAUAGAGUUCAAGAAGACUAGCAAACUCAAUCGCAAUCUCAAGAAGCUUCAGCAGGAGGAGGUGGGGGAUGUGGAGCUGGACAAACCCAAGUUGAGAGGCUCCAAACUAGUGAUGCCGGAGUAUGUAAUUGGCCAAAAGCCCCAGAAACAGAAAAAACCCAAGAGCAAGUCGAACCAGAAUCGUGCCUCUGGAAAACUUCAACUCUCCCACUUGGCAGAGGAAGAGGAACAGGAUGAAUAGGUUUCAACUUAUGAUCUUAAGAUUCUAUAUUUAACAACUAGCGUUCCCAUAAAGAUUUAAGCAUGUAAAUAAACUUUUACCAUACACAA